GCGCUGGCAGAAAAAAAGGUUCACUGCACGCGGUGGUCGGUGUGACCGUCAAAAGCAAAUAGGAAAAUACCACGAACCGUGGACUCAAACCAUGGAACUAAACUUGGAAUUUGUUACACACCAACUGAUAUCGAGCUGAAGCUACAAAUCAAAACACAUACACGCGAGAUGAACAAGUCCCAAAAGGCCACAAAAGUGAAGCGUGGCAAGCGCCACGCCCACACCCACGCCCACGUCCACGCCCGUUCCAGGACUCAGCCGCAGGACUUUGCGGAGGCGGAGGUGGAGAACGCCCGCAAGGCGGUGGAGCGCAAGCUGAUCUACCUGUCCGAGUCGAACCGGGCCAACGCCCCCUCCCGUCCGGGAAAGCGGAGUGCGGGCGGAGUGGGGGUGGGCGGAGCAGGGGUCGGCGGAACAGCCGGGCAUGCAAUUCAUGGUGGCCAUGUAGUCCACCGACGCAAGCACUCCAAGAAGCCCCCGGUGCCUCCCAAGCCACCCAAGCCAACGGUCGACGAGGAAACGAGCUUUCACGAGAAAACAGACAAGUACGAGAAGCGGACACGCGGAGGAUACAAUGUGUACCUGGAGUCUCCACGGCGCAAUGGCCUUACGCCCCGGGAUUACGUGGCCGAGGCGGCAGAGAUGGCCGCCCUGCUGGCCGCCCAGCGAACCUCCAGCGGGACGACAAGGCCCGACCAGCUCCUGGAGGAGGCCAAGGAGGGUCAGGAUGGGGAGCUCGGGCGGCUGCAGCUGAAGCCGCUGAGCAGCUACGCCCAUGACCAUCACCAGCUGCCCAGCUACUCGUGCGGCGUCUGCGGGGCCAAGUUCCACAUCCGGUCGCUGUUGGGAGCCCAUCGGCACACCCACGACGACGACUUCAAGGUCCGCUUCCGGGGACGGCGCCAGCGGGACAGCAGCACCACCCUGACCGCCGGCAAUCUGUGCAAGUUCUGCGACCGCAAGUUCGAUCUGGAGCGCACGCUCCACAUCCAUCAGCUGUGCCACUGCAAGAAGAUCCCGCCGCAGCAGCGGCGCAAGCUGGCCUUCACGGAGUUGGCCCACGAGAAGAAGGCGCCGCUGCCCAGCUUCCAGCGCUGCUCCCAGCACUCCCAUCGUGUCCAGGGGAACGGGAACAGCUCCACCAACAUCGCGAAGCCUCCGCUGCUGCCGCAGCUGCUCCACAGGACCAUCAUGCAGGCGUCGGCGAUGUCAGAGCGCUGGCGCUAAUCUGGUCCAGAAUCGAUCGGACGACACAGCCAACAGAACCAACGCUUGCUUCUGAGAACCACAAAAAGACUUUUAAAAGGUAUAGCUUAAAAAAUAGAUAAAUUGUAAGGUAUAGGUUUACUACGAGAAACGGAAUCAAGAUAAGGAGACUUAGCUCUAGUCAACACUCAAUCAUUCUAGCGUUGAAUUGUCACACUCAAUUUACUUCGGCCAAUUACAGCUAAAUUGAAAGUUUUCAAAUGCGUGGGCGUAGUCUAGUAAUAGUAGAAAUAAUAUUCCAUGAUUAAAGGUAAUCGUGGUACGUAACGUAAGUUCUCUGAAAACCUGUAACUUAUAAAUCGGGCAAAUAAAUAAUCUGUGAG